AUGGAUGCUGCCAAUUAUGCCAACCCACUUACUGAGCUUGCUACUAUUCUGUACUCAGGGAUAGAAACUCUUCUAUCCGAGUACAAUCAUCAAGGAGUUGCUUUCCCUUUGCUGAGCCAGCCAUUCACACCUAGCCCACUUGACACUAACUCUGUUGUGAAUGAAUCCACUUGCCUGAUUAUUGCAGCAGCACACCAAAUCAUUGCUACUGUACGGGCACCAGCUGAAAGCAUACAAGAGCAUGCUACUGGAGCAUACACUGCUACUGCACUCAAUCUCUGUGUGGACGUUCAUGUUGCUGAUAUUUUGCAGGGUGCAGGAGCACAGGCAAGUGAUAUUUGGGCAUUAUUCUAUGAAUAUUCCACAGCACGUAUUCUCCGCUAUCUAUCAACUCGUCAUAUCUUUCAGGAGAUUGAGCCGGAUGUCUUUGCAAACAAUCGAAUUUCGUCUCUUCUCAUUAAAUCCCGUUCUUUAAACGAAAUAGAGGCAAAUCCUGACAUUGAGUUCGAAGGGGCAACACUUGCUGGAUUUGUCGGGCAUGCGACAGACGAAUGCCUGAAAGCUUCCGUUUCAAUUGUCCCAUGGCUCAAGGACAAGUCAACCCAAUUUCCUUCUCCAUUCAACAUGUCUAUCGGCAGCUCCAUCAGUCUUUUCGAAUGGUUUGUGGCUCCCGAGAACACCCGUCGUCUGCGCCGGGCAACUGCAGCUAUGACUGGCGGUGGCGAGCGUUUUCCGGCUACUAUUUUCACAAAUGGAUUCAACUGGAAGUCUCUGAAAGAGGAUGCAGUUGUGGUGGAUGUUGGUGGAAGUGUUGGCUCCGUAACCUACACCAUCUUGCAGCAAAACAAACAUCUACGUUAUGUCAUACAGGACUUGGAAUCCAUCAUCAAUAAAGAAGCCAAACAGUACUGGGAAGAAAAAAUGCCUCAAGCACUCACAGAUGGACAAGUAACUCUGCAAGUCACAAACUUCUUUGAGUCCCAGCCAGUGCAGAACGCUGCCAUAUACUUUCUGCGUCUCAUUCUGCAUGACUGGCCUGAUGAGAAAUGUCUUACUAUCCUCAAAAUUCUUCGCAGAGCUGCUGGACCUUCAUCCAAGUUAAUUGUGUUUGAGCAAAUUAUGGCUUACCCUUGCAAAUAUAGUGGUCCCUUUGCAGAUGUGUCCAACCCCAUCAAAGCGCCGGCCCCACUUUUGGCAAAUCUUGGUAUGGGUGCAGGUGGUUUCAUCACUAUGAUUGAUAUGCAGAUGCUCACUUUGUUCAAUGGAAAAGAGAGAACUGUAACUGAGUUCAUCAACCUUGGAAGUUUAACAGGAUGGGAGUUGGAGGAUGUGAAGCCAGGAUUAAUGAAUGCAAUGGUGUUCUCUGCAGUUUGAGAUGUAUUGGAUAUGGACUUUGCUCAUGAUGUCUACAUGGCUUGUUUCUCAAUGUCGUG